AUGAACGUCCCUGGAGAAUUUCAGCGAUUCAUGGAAGAUUGUCUGCACGAUUUGAGGGAUGAAAUUUGCAUCCCAUACUUGGAUGAUGUGAUUGUUUUCAGCAAGUCAUUCGAAGAACAUGUCAAUCACGUUUGUCAAGUACUACAACGACUUCGAGCUGACGGAAUAAAACUGAAACCAGAAAAGUGCAGGCUUUUUCAGAGAGAAGUGCACUAUCUUGGACAGAUUGUCUCGUCAGAAGUUUAUAAACCAGAUCCCUCGAAAGUUAACGCUGUGACAGCUUUAUAAGUCUCUGUGCCAACGAACGUAGGCCUAGGAGAGGUACGAAAACAGCUUGCACUUGUUGGGUAUUAUCGAAGAUACAUUCCUGACUUUUCUUGAACUGCUCGACCUUUGUUUGACUUGUUACAAGGUCUACCAACCGAUCAGAGCAAGCCCGUUAAUAGAGAAGAUAAGUCGAAGAAAACUGGAGUUAUACCAUCAUCAAAACCAGUUGUAUGGCAGAAACAACAUGAAAAUGCCCUUAAAGAAUCGUUAGAACAUUUAGUAAGCCCACCAAUCAUGGGGUAUGCCGACUAG